GGCUGGUCUUGGCGCGUCACUGCCAGCUGAGGGCAGAGCUCUAUCACGCAGCUUUCCUCCGAGAUGGCGGCACUGUCAGUGUAUGGCGUUACCAGAAGAGGUCUCACGUGGAUCGUCUUAGGGGCACCACGCAGAGACUUUUGGUCUCGAUUCAGAAAAGAGAAAAAGCCAGUGGUGGCUGAGACAGUAGAAGAGGUGAAGAAAGAACCUGUUUUGGUGUGUCCACCCUUACGAAGCCGAACAUACAUACCACCUGAAGAUCUCCAGAGUCGUGUGGAAUCUUGUGUCAAAGAAAUUUUUGGCUCAUCUGUUCCUAGCAAUUGGCAGGAUGUGUCCCUGGAAGAUGGUCAUCUGAAAUUUGGUUUGUUGUCACGUUUAGCUGAUGACUUGGGCCAUGCAGUGCCCAACUCCAGGCUUCACCAGAUGUGUAGGGUCAGAGAUGUUCUUGAUUUCUAUAAUGUGCCUAUCUAUGAUAGAUCUAAAUUUGAUGAACUUAUUGCCAGUAAUCUGCCUCCCAAUUUAAAAAUCACUUGGGGUUACUGAGCAGUUCAGAAGAGGAAAUGUUGAAAUCAUUUUGUCCUGAGCAAGGGGUUGGUUAUUAGAUUUGAUACUUUACCAUGUAAAAUGAUCAGAACUGUUCUCUAAACCCACUUUUUCCGUGGAAGAAUUAACAGCAGGAUUUUCUUUUUUCACAUUUGCUGAAAUUUUGUUGUUUUUUUAAUGGAAUCAGAUCAUUAAUCAUGUAUGAAAAUUUCCUUCUCUGGAGGACACAGUAAUUAAACUUGUUCUUUAGA